AUGUCGUUGCCGCCCAUCGAGGAGGCCCCGCGCUCCAUGACGCGCCGCAACUACCUUGUGGAGCGCAAUCGGCUGCGCGUCAACGCGUACGCGCCGACCCGCAAGGAGCUUGAGGAGGAGGACAUCCGUGUGGCGCAGGCGCGUCAGGAGCAGCGGAGGAAGCUGCUCGGCAGCUGGAAGAGCCAGUCGAGCUACAACCCCGAUCUCACGCGGCCCCUGCCCGGCGGCGGGCCACACUCAAAGCGCAUGAAGGAGGCUGCCGCGCUGAAGAAUCCAAAUUACUACAAAAUUGUAAAGGAGGAGGAGGCGCAGCUCAAGGCGGAGCGGACCGCGAUGUACAAGGCUGACAUGCAGCAGCAACUCAAGGAUCGGAGAGAGUACCUCAGCAAGUGGCACGCCGAUGAGAAGGCGUACGUCACGGCACUUGUGGAGAAUCAGAGGGAACUGGCGCGCCAGAUGGAGGAACGCGAGCGCGAAGAUGCGAAGGCCAAAAAGGCGUACAUGGACCGCAUGCGAGAAAGUAACCUGCGGGAGUUGGAGCAGAAACGCCUCAAGGAGAAGGAACGUGAGGAGUAUGAACUUUCUAUUCUGCGAGACCUGCAGCAUCGUGAGAAGGAGAAGGCUGCAACAGAGGAGCGUCGCGCCAGGGAUUUGAAGCGGAUGAUGCAGAAGGAGAACGAGGAAUACCACCGUAGCGUCGUGAAGAAGCAGGAGGAGGACAAGGCGCGCGAGGAAGCAGAGCUGAAGAGCAUCCUUGAAUUCAACGCCGCCCUCGCGGAGCGCGAGCGUCAGGAGCAGCAGCAGAAGCGGGAACAGUACAAGGCGGAGUUUGAGGAGACCAUUGAAAAGCAGAAGGAGUUCCAUCGCACCCAUAACUACGAGGAGCCCCCUGAGUCCAUCCGCGAGCGGAAUGAAAAGGCGGCCGCAUCGUUGGCGCUUAUCAAGCAGGAGGAGCGGCUUCGUCUGGCGGAUCGCCGUCGGGAGUACCGCAACGAAUUAAUGCAGCAAAUCCGCGAGAAGCAGGAGUGGCAGCUGUCGCACAUCGACGGAGUGUAA